AGCGCCUCGUGAACGCGCGGGCCACAUAGUAGUAGGAGCGUAUGCAACUGUUAACUCUUUGUACCGACUAGAAGCUGCACCGACCGGGUGCCAGACAAACGAUUUGACCUUCAGCGAACCGGAGGGUUGAUCUCAACAGUUCUGACGUUUUUAACACACCACACCGGACUCGAAUCGAAUCAUUUUAUCGCGUUUUCUCGGUUUCUUUUAGAAACAUUUUUAUUUGUUAGCAAGAAGUGGCCACGUCCUUGAUUUUCUGGCCUCGCGGUUUGGAAAAACCUAACACAUACUGAGUGGUUUCACCCAGGAAUGGAUACUGGAGUUGUCACUGAAAAGAAAAGGGUGAGCUCGGAGCGCAGGAAGGAGAAGUCCAGGGAUGCAGCGCGAUCUCGCAGGGGAAAGGAGUCCGAGGUGUUCUACGAGUUAGCGCACCAGCUUCCCCUGCCACACAAUGUCACUUCCCACCUGGACAAAGCCUCCAUCAUGAGGCUGACCAUCAGCUAUCUGCGCAUGAGGAAGCUGCUCAGCUCUGAUGACACCGACAAAGAGAAUGAGCUGGAAGGUCAGUUGAACGGCUUUUAUCUAAAGGCACUGGAGGGUUUCCUCAUGGUCCUGUCUGAGGAUGGAGACAUGGUUUAUCUCUCUGAGAAUGUCAGCAAGAGCAUGGGCCUCACACAGUUUGAUCUGACUGGUCACAGCGUCUUUGAAUUCUCACACCCAUGUGACCAUGAGGAGUUGAGAGAGAUGCUGGUCCAUAGGACAGUAUCCAAAAAGACCAAGGAACAAAACACAGAGCGCAGCUUCUUCCUGCGGAUGAAGUGCACACUCACUAGUAGAGGACGCACUGUCAAUAUCAAGUCUGCUACAUGGAAGGUUCUUCACUGCGCUGGUCAUGUCCGUGUGCAGGAGCGCAGCGAGGGUUCGGGAGACUCUGGCUUUAAAGAGCCCCCUCUGACCUACCUUGUGCUCAUCUGUGACCCCAUUCCUCAUCCCUCAAACAUCGAGGUGCCUCUGGACAGCAAGACCUUCCUUAGCCGUCACACUCUGGACAUGAAGUUCUCGUACUGUGAUGAAAGGAUCACCGAGCUGAUGGGAUAUGAGCCAGAUGAUCUGCUGAACAGGUCGGUGUACGAAUACUAUCAUGCCCUGGAUUCAGAUCACCUCACCAAGACACAUCACAACUUGUUUGCAAAGGGCCAGGCUACCACAGGCCAGUACCGCAUGAUGGCUAAGAAAGGUGGUUUUGUGUGGGUGGAGACUCAGGCCACCGUUAUCUACAAUCCCAAGAAUUCACAGCCACAGUGCAUUGUGUGCGUCAACUACGUUCUCAGUGGCAUUGUGGAGGGGGACAUUGUUCUGUCCCUGCAGCAGACCAUGACAGAGCCCAAGGCUGUAGAAAAAGAGAGCCAGAAAGUGGAAGAUGAGGCCUCUGAGGUGGACAUGCUCAAACUCUUCAAGCCAGAAAACCUGAAGUGUCCCAUGGAGUGCUCUGACCUUUAUGAGCAGCUGAAAGAGGAACCUGAGGCCCUCACUGUGUUGGCGCCUGCAGCAGGAGACACCAUCAUCUCUCUGGACUUCAACAACUCAGACUCUGACAUGCAGCUGGUGAAGGAUGUGCCCCUGUACAAUGAUGUCAUGCUGCCCUCCAGCAGUGAGAAGCUGCCCAUCAGUCUGUCUGCUCUGACACCCAGUGACCCCACCCCAGCUCUGUCCAAACUUGAGACCAGAGCGGAAGACUUCCCUUUCAGCUCUGCCUCUGAUCGUGUUCCAGACUCCGCAAACACGCCCUCCACAUCUGGACUCGGCUCCUCAGGGCCCAACAGCCCCAUGGAUUACUGUUUCCAAGUGGACUCAGACAUCAGUUCUGAGUUCAAACUGGACCUGGUUGAAAAACUUUUUGCUAUUGAUACCGAAGCAAAGACCCCCUUUACCAACCAGGCCAUAGAGGAUCUCGACCUAGAGAUGCUGGCUCCAUACAUCCCAAUGGAUGACGACUUCCAGCUGCGUGUCCCCUCUCCACUGGACCCGCUCCCCUCCAGCUCUCUCUCUGUUUCUGCCAUGAGCUCCCUGUUCCAGCCCUUGCCCUCCCCUGCAUCUCCAGCCUCUUCCUCCAGCAUCGCAGUGAAGAAGGAGCCAUCGUCACGGGCCCCUUCGCCUUUGCAUCUUCUGCAGGAGGUGUGCAGUGCUCCUGUCUCGCCUUUCAGCGGCAGUCGGGACACUUCCCCCGCUCGAUCCCCCACCCCACAGAGCAGCAAUCAGCUCAUUAACAGAGAGCUGUCUCCAAAGAUGUUAGCCAUCCAGAAUGUCCAACGGAAGAGAAAGCUGGAGGAAGUGACAUCACUUUCUGAGGCUGUUGGACUGGGUGCUUUGCUUCAGAGUGUGGACAGUGCUAUAGAGCCUGGAAAAAGGGCAAAGGUUUUAGAAGUUAAAGGAUCGAGUGUGCUCGGGGGAAACAGAACCAUUCUUAUACUGCCCUCUGAUGUGGCCAGUCGUCUGUUGUGCAGUUCUUUAGAGAGCAGCGGCGGGCUGCCUCAGCUAACACGUUACGACUGCGAAGUCAACGCUCCCGUGCAGGACCGCCAUCAUCUGCUCCAGGGAGAGGAGCUCCUGCGUGCUCUGGACCAAGUCAACUGAACUCCGCUGUGUUUAGCGAUUCUGGACAUUGCAUCCCUAUCUCUCGCCCCUUGACCCCCACGAUCCCUGAAAUCUGCCUCCACUUGUCUCCUUUUAUUCCAUGCCCUAAUAUUCUCUAUAAACCCCCAGUGUUUUAAAAAUGUAAUAGAUGACUUGCACCUUCUGUUGAUUCCGUCAGUGAUACAAAGAGGAGCCUAGAGGGAGUCCAUCCAUGCCAUUGUGUAGAGGGUCUGAAGACAGAGAAGCGUUAUGUAAAUUAACAGUGGCAUCAACCAGACAAGAGUUAAGAGCCUUAAUGCGAAAUACACAACUUGCCCAGACACGCAGAUGUGUACAAUCUCCCACACUCCCUCUGGAUUCCCUACUUUCACCUAAAAACCUCCCGUUGUGUUUUAUCCCCCCCAAAGUGUGUGUAUUGUAGCUACAGUCGCACAAUAAUCUAUUUUCUUAAGACAGAAUACCAGCAGUCCAUGCAAUAUACAAAACCAUUUUUACGAAUAUGUACUUUUAAUGAAAGAUUGAACAAUUUAUUUUUUCUCUUCUCUCAGUUUUGUUGUGUAGCGGUUAUGUAAGAGCUCUGUGUGUGCACUCAUAGGCUCAAUGGUUAAAUGCUGUUGGAUGUUUUGUGAGUGUUGCUUUUCAUUGCAUUGAUAUUUGCUUGCAUCACUUUGUUUUCUCUUGAACAGCACAGAUGAAUUGUAAAAGCCAUUGAAAGUAAUGGAGAAUGUGCAAAAAAGGGAAUUCUAAAUCAUGUUAUGUUCUCAUGAUGGUUUUUGUCUCAAAGAGGUUAAACAGAUUUAUAGUUUAAUUAUGCAAUAGAUUUUUAUAUUUUUAGUGGUCAUUUUGUUUCUGUUUAGUUCUCUAUGUGGUAGAUGCUUACGGUAAUUCAUGCUUGUACGAAGUCAUAGCUGGUAACCAUUUUUCUGCUUCAUGAGCGAUUUUAGAUCACGCAAAGCUGAUGUAUCAUUUAUCCCAGUUUUACAAGUAUUUAUAAUGGCAUUAGAACAUAAAUGCUUAGUUUUAAGUAAGACAAUAUUUGUUUUCUUUAUGCUUACAGAUGAAUGUCCUGCAAGUAUUUUAUGACCUUUUAUCAUGUUUUUCAGUAGGAAAGACAUUUUCUUUUUGUUAUUGUAAUCUUCUGUUCAUUUAUCUCUGCAGUCUCCAGUCUUCUCCUUUAUUCUCUUAACACUAAAUGUAUUGUUUAUUGCAAAAAUCAGUAAAAGACAAUUGUGGACCAGAA